CGCCCCACUCCGGACGCCGCCGACGCUACCCGAACCCCGAAGUCGCCGACGUCGACGGCGCCAGUCGCCGCUAACACGCGCAUUCCUGCAAGUCUCCCUCAUACCGUAAGGCAUCCUCGUCGGCAUUUCGUACCUCACUGGAUCCUCCUGCAACGAUGUGCGCGUUGUUGCACCUGACUCGGUGACAGUGUGUGUUGUUGCAAGUUCGUGAAAAAGUUGAGUGUCGGUGAUUUGUGUAGUGUUCUCUCACACCUUCAGAGCUCGUGACUUGUCCAGUAUACUACGCCACGUGCCAGGAGAGUCGAAUGGGAGAACAGCGAGUGACUCCGGCUGGUCCUUUCAGAAACGCGCUGACGUCACCGCACUCGCAGCCAAUCGCCCGCAUCCUACAACCAAUGGCGGCGACCGUCGUUUAUGUGUCACAGGAGGCCCCGUUCUGGGAGACACUGGUUCAGGUUUGGUCGUCCGCUCGCAGGUGCUUCUCGACGGCGCUCCCAAAACGAGUGCGCAAUGGCCCGGCGAUGAGCGGGGCCUCGCUGCUGCUGGUGCUGGCGUGUGCGGGCGCUGUGGCGGGCCAGGCAGCGCCCAUGCAGUGCCCGCCGCCAUACGACAUCUCGCCGUGCGCCUGCGGCGUCAAGAAGAACGGGCUUGACAUCCUCUGCGAGUUCACCGACAGCCAGCACAUCACCAAGGCCAUGACGCUGCUCAAAGAGCGGCCCUCCACCGUCAUCUUCUACCUAAAGCUCCGCCACAACAGCCUCCCCAAGCUGCCGCGCUUCGUCUUCCUCGGGCUUGACAUCCGCCACCUCACCAUCCAUAACAGCAGCCUCGCCGUCAUCGAAGAGUCUUCGCUCAGUUCGAUAGGCAAGGGGCUGACGCAGCUGGACCUGUCGCAGAACCACCUGAGCCUCAUCCCAUCGGCUGCGUUCCACAACCUGCACCACCUCAUCCUGCUCAACCUCAACCACAACCGCAUCAGCGCGCUGCGGGCGCGGGCGUUCGAAGGCCUGGACACCCUGGAGAUCCUCACGCUGUACGAGAACAAGCUGCACGCCGUCGACCCGGAAGCGUUCAAAGGCCUCGAGAAGAAACUGAAGCGGUUGAAUCUGGGCGGCAACGAACUGACGGCGGUGCCGGUGCACGCUCUCAACAUCUUGGACACCCUGAAGAAGCUCGAGAUGCAGGAGAACCGCAUCACCGAGAUCUCCGAGGGCGACUUUGCAGGGCUGAGGAGUCUGGACUCUCUGGGCUUGGCGCACAACAUGCUGAAGGAGGUGCCGGGUCGCGUCUUCUCCCACCUGACGCUGCUGAACUCACUGGAAUUGGAUGGCAACCAAAUCACUCACAUCGAUCCUGAAGCUUUCGCUGGACUUGAAGAGAACCUGCAGUACCUGCGCCUGGGGGACAACAACAUUCACACCGUGCCCAGCGAAGCUCUGCGUCGCUUGCACCGCCUCCGCCACUUGGACCUCCGCGCCAACAACAUCAGCUCCAUCUCUGACGACGCUUUCUUGGGCUUUGGUGACACCAUCACAUUCCUGAACCUGCAGAAGAACGACAUCAAGAUAUUGCCUGCCAUGGUCUUCGACAACCUGAACUCGCUCGAGACUCUCAACUUGCAGAACAACAAGCUGACCCACAUUCCGGAGGAGGUCAUGGAGCCCAUCAUGGAUACCCUCCGCGUCGUCGACAUUAUGGACAACCCGCUGAUAUGUGACUGCGAGCUCCGCUGGUACAACGAUUGGUUGCGGCAGCUGCGCGACCGCGACGACGCGGCGCUGCAGAACAAGCACACGCUCUGCACGAUGCCGCACGAGCACCGCGAGUACAGCAUCCGCAAUAUGCCGCUCGACAAGAUGAGCUGCGUCGGCAAGAACAUGGGCCAGACCGCCAUGACGGGCGGCGCUCGCCGGGCGGAUGCGCAGCGGACGCCGGUGUUGACAGCCCUGGCGGCGGCGCUCGCCGCCGCGGAGCUGGCGCUGCGCGUCUAGUGUUCUCCAGUGACGUCACCGCAGCCGCCGCUGUGGUCGGACGCCCUCUGGAGGGCCAGAGAUGCCGGCCGCUUACCCGCACGGACCCGGCGCACGACCGCCUCUGCAACAGUUUAUCCACUUCCGCCUGCAGUUAUUGUUGUCGGAAAGUUGUAUUUCACCAUCCGAUGACUCAAUAAAAAAAUGCAGUUACCAACUAUUGUCUCAGUGGAGUUGAGCGUGAGUUGAAUGGUCUCCACUGGCAUUCGUUGUUUAUAGGUACGUCGAAAUAUAACAGAACAACACGUUUCUUUCAGAAUACCGUACAUGUUAUCUGGGAAUGCAGGCUUUCUCGGCGAAUUUCGAUGGUGAACUCCUCUCAGCUCAUCAGCCGAGAUAAGACGUCGUUCUGCGGCAAAGUUUCGACAAGUUUUCUACUCUUUAUCUUCAGGCCUGAGGAUGACAAGUAAGAAACUUGUCGAGAUGUACCCGCAGAACGAUGCCUUCACUCGGCUGAUAACCCGAGAAACCCUCAUCAACCAUCUAAGUUUCUUCUGUUCGAAGACGUCGUCAGGUGUCUAGAAUAUUUGUUUCUAAAUCAAUGAUCACUUCUAAACUUCUCUCUUAUAGAUCUACGUUAUUCCUAGCGGUACUUACAUAAAAGAUCCAAUUUCUCGGCGUUGAUGAGCUGACAGUAACACACUUUAAAUUAUUUUUGAGACGCUAAGAGACUCUGCAGCUACCUUGUUAUUUUAUAAGCUGACGUACCCGUAACACUUUCAGGUGCGCUUAUUGUUUCUGUAAACAACAGUAAACUUUCUGUGUCGAGGUGUAGCCUUUCUAAUUUUAAUACUCUUCCAUAGUUGCCACGCACUUAUUUACGAGCUUCAGUUACGAGUUCGACCUGAUAAUUUUUUUAAGAGCGGCUGUAUGUUUCAUGAUAACGUCUAAACACUUUCAUAUAAGAGCACAAGUAAUUCGAAAGAUGAUACAGCUCUAACACAUCUAAGGUAGCCAGCUGAACAAACGAGAUAUAAAUGUUGGCGAAAACUCGUUAAACUAAGCGUAUUGGAUCAUCGACUAUGGCUUUUGAAUAUUGCAAGACAGGAAACGAUUACACCAAACGAUGUUGUUCAGCUAUAUCUUGACGUACCUUCAAAUAAACCACGACUAAUGUUCUGGCUUAUCUGACGUGAACAAGUCUCGUAGAGGGUCGUGGACCGUGGUUCGCGCGGGGAAGUGUUCCGGCAGUUGAAAAACAUGCGUCUCCGCACGUGCAUGAAAUUUUUUUUCUGUUCUUUUUCGCACGUCGGAGCACCGUUAGCUGACACGAAAUGCUCUUUACUUUACAUAUCUUAGCUGGGCCGCUGGCGAACGGCGCGCGUCAGGAGCUGAGACGCGCGGCGCUGGUCAGCGGCUACGCUUGCUACUUAUAUGCACGAGGAUCUGAUCCAUCUGUGAAAUGUCAUACAUAUCAGACUGUUCCUAUGAUUGCUGGGUUAGUGUACCACUGUUAUGCGUAGCCGUUUACAAAUCUAUUUCCUGUUCUACACCGUUUUCUUAAGCUCUUUGAACAAACAAAAAUGUGGAAAGAAAAGAAUGAAUCGUGCAUAUCAUCUACAGUACUGUAUAUUUUCUAACUAAAUAGUUUAGAAUUUUGUUUUGUGAGUAUCUUAAUGUGGACUGAAAACUAUUUCACCGUCAGCUAACAGGCUGAGAUAUGUGUGAUGUCGUCAACCUGUUAAAAAAAUGGCAAUUGUGUUUCUCUUUGACAGUGACCAAAUUAAUUUCUUGUUUGUUUAUUGAAGAGGCAAUCGUCAGGACGUAGUCAUUAGUAUUGUGACUGUGUAACGUGACAGGUUGUCACGAAGAGACUAACAUUUACCACAGCAUAGGGAACAUUACCAUGGCCACAUAUAAUUAUUUGUAGUGUUACAUGUAUCAGGAUGAGUGUAGAAUGUAAGGAAUCACAGUGAGUUCCGAAGCCGUAUCCUGCCUGGCGCUCAUAGCUUUCACUUCCCGCCCUUGUUGUUACCAUAUAUGACGCCACUUGGCUACAACGUUGGAGUCACUUCUGUUGCUGGCUUAUCAUAGAAAUUACUGGAACUUACCGGCAGGAAAGAAACAACACUGAUUGUUCUUUUAAUAGUUAGUUCAGGAGACCACACAAAAAACUAAAUCGUAGCUCAUUUCAUGGUUCUGCUGUCAGCAACCUAGCAGCUACCGUGGUCGUGCCAGGCUCUAUCUAUCACGCAUAAACGUGAGAGAGAGCCUGAUGGUACACCAAGACAAUGGCAAAUACACCACAUCCUGAUAGCCCCAGUAGUCUUUGGAAACCCGGUCAACUGCCUUCCCAUGUGAAAUUACCUACGUACGUCGUCCUAAAAGUCAUCAGUAGUGAGUGACAAAUGAGUGUCAUCAUCAACUCUUUCUUAGUUUUUCACUAGUUUUCUCACUAUCCCUAUCCUCUCUGUCUAUUACAGUCUCCACGCACACAUGUACCGCAAUCCUCUCUGAACUUAGGCAGUCGUGUGUUUGGUGACUGCUUAAGCUCUCUGUAUGUUACAUGACCUCGCCUAGUGCGACCGUCUACUAUUCAAGAAAUUCACUGCACGACGUAUCUACAAAUCGUGACGAACUCUCAGAAACUGAAAAAAAAAAUGUUUCUCAGCCCGACGUUUUUUUUAUCUAUAGCUUUUCUCGUGUAGAACUGGCAAUUUUAGCAAGCCAUUUACCCAUUUUUCUUGCAGUAAAGAUUUCAUUUUUACCAUUUGUUGGUCGUGAUAUUUAUUGUUCGUGUAGCCGGGCAGGACAUCCGUGCAGUCUUUCGAAGAGGCAAACGUGACAUUGCUGUUCAGUGUUAGCACAGCAUGUCGUAUUUAAAGGCAGGGGCUACUUCGCACCCUGGAAGCGGGGAACUCACUACGCACGUAUAUUUGGUGUUGCAAUAAGAGUUAUAUAUACAUACAUAUUAUAUAUAUAUCUUUGCUGUGUUUUAUAUUUUAUUCACUGUGUACUAGCGUACACAGAAUUACUGCACGUAGCGGUAUGGAACCAUAAGAAAACAUAUCCUUUGUUUUGAGUCGCCUAAGCUUCCCGGAGUCAUCCCUCAUAUUUUUAUAAGAAUUCUUACAUGUGUCAGGUCGUUAUCUAGAAUGACUACGGGGAGGGCUUCUCAGACAAACAAAUUACAUUUUUUACAUUUUUGUCGAAAAUAUAAUAUAUAGAAUUAUAUACAUAUAUGUGUAAGCACAUUCAUAUAGACAUGUUAUUUGUGCGUAUUAAUAUCUUUAUAUUCAUAUGAUAUGCUUAAAUGUUUCUCUCUCACUAAAAGGUACAAAAUGUUUAACUUUAUUCAUUGUAAAAGGCUAUGAUGUUGCAUUUAUGUAUGUGAAGUAAAUUUUAGUCAAAUAAAGUGAAUAUCUAAUGGA